AUGACGGACUCAACAGCCUCAGAUUGGGUGAACACCAUCCCGGAUCCAAUUAUUGUCGAUCAGUCGACUGUAAACGGCCAGUGCGACCCGACACAUCAACUGUCACCCAAAAUCAACAGCCACCCUAAAUUUAAGAUGGACCAGGAGAUGAAAAUUAGCGAUAGCGUGGAGGGGCAAGGCUUACUGGAGAGCAGCAUGAGGCUGAAGCCCCACGAAGCUCAAAGAUACCGCAAGAAAGCGUUGUGGGUCUCCUGGGUUUCCAUCUUUGUGACGCUGAUCCUGGCAGUAGCAGCUUUCACUGUUUCCUUCAUGAGACACAGUGCCUCGGCUUUCGGCUUCGCUUUUGAUGCCGCCCUGGACGUGCUGUCCUCCAUCAUCGUGGUGUGGCGUUAUAGUAAUGCUUCCGCCGUUCACUCUGCACACAGGGAGUACAUAGCCUGUGUGAUCCUGGGUGUGGUCUUCAUCCUGUCCUCCCUGUGUAUCCUGGGAAAGGCAAUCCAUGACCUGGCUACCAAGCUAAUGCCUGAAGUGGAUGACUUCCUCUUCAGUGUGUCCAUCGUCAGUGGCGUGAUGUGUGUCAUUCUGGCCGUGGUCAAGAUCAUGCUGGGUAGGGUGCUCACCAGCAGAGCCCUCACCACAGACGGUUUCAACUCCCUGGUGGGCGGGGUCAUGGGCUUCUCCAUCCUAAUCAGUGCCAAGGUGUUCAAGCACGAUCCCAAAGUGUGGUACCUGGACGGGGCCAUAGGGGUCCUGAUAGGCCUCGUCAUCCUGGCCUACGGGGUCAAGAUCCUAAACGAUCUCCAAAUGAAGGAAACAAGUAAACUAAAGUUGCAGGUGUGUGUGUUGCUCUGUCAAGAGCUAUAA